GCUGUAUACGGAGGCGGUCCUAUAUACGGUGGCCGUGCAUUCAGCUGCCAUACAGGACCCAAGCCGUGUUCUAACAUCUGAGAUGUCUGCCUACCAACGUUUAGGAGAAGACAUGGGAGCUAUGCAUCCCACUAUGGACUACUCCUACCUAAAUCAACCUACCUACGAUAACAGCUGCUCCCUGUCUGCUAUAGAACCCGCACUACCCAGUUGCCAACUGCCAUGUUCCUAUGCCGACUUGAAUUCGUGUGGUCAGGUGACUCAAGCUUAUCGUUACACACCUGCUACGGUACCCAGGUCCUUUUCCGCACCACCGACUGCGGCUAUGGCGCCAGGUAACUGCAUGAUGCCACGUCCACGUCCGGAUCAGUCUACAGGUCCUAUGUUCGCUCCUGGAGUAACACUGCAGACUGGAAUACCGUAUAAAGUAUACUCUGGCCACGAAGGGGUUCUAACCGAAAAACGCAAGCAAAGGAGAAUCAGAACAACCUUCACUAGUGCCCAAUUGAAAGAACUGGAAAGGGCCUUCCAAGAGACUCACUAUCCGGAUAUAUACACCAGAGAAGAGAUCGCCAUGAAAACGGAUCUAACCGAAGCUAGAGUGCAGAUGAUGUUUACAGCUGGAAUACCGUAUAAAGUAUACUCUGGCCACGAAGGGGUUCUAACCGAAAAACGCAAGCAAAGGAGAAUCAGAACAACCUUCACUAGUGCCCAAUUGAAAGAACUGGAAAGGGCCUUCCAAGAGACUCACUAUCCGGAUAUAUACACCAGAGAAGAGAUCGCCAUGAAAACGGAUCUAACCGAAGCUAGAGUGCAGGUUUGGUUUCAAAAUAGAAGAGCCAAAUUCCGUAAACAAGAGCGAUUGAAUCAGCAGAAGCAGUCUCAACAGCAACAAUCCAAGACAACCACAUCUACUACUACUUCAAAUACUGUUACCACACCGACUACCACAACGGCGGAUACCACCAAUAACGGCAUAUCAAGUGCUAAAGAAACCAACCAAGAUACCAAACUAACCGCCAUGUUACCCCCGCCGCCCCCUGAUUCAAAGAUCAUGAAUGGAAAGGUAUCUGACGUCAAAUGGAACACCACAGCACCAUCGUCAUGUUCCCAGCAGAAGGUCAUCACCCACCAAUCCUGUCCGGUUACACCUUUCGCAGGUGUUUUGGGUACUUCGGUGGGUUACCCACUUGCUCCCGUAGAGAGCAAGUUAAACAUCUCUUCCCAGAUAUUCUGAAGUACUGCCAAUCAUCAAGUAAACGCCCUCGUUAUGGACACGCCUCUUAAAAACUGGCCAAUAGGAGGACGGAUGCUAUUUAUCCUUUUGGGAAUUUCAACGUUGAUUGGUUAAUUCCCCCGAGGGCGACCUUUUGUAUAUAUAUAGGUGUAAGGGUAGAUAGUUUUCUUUGGAAGAACGAUUGGAUGGAUGAUUGGUUGGAGUGU